UCAGUGUUGAAGAUUAAAGUUCAGUUUCUUUUUAGGUUUUGUAGAAAUACUUUAUGAGAUUGUUACUUAAUGAAUAAGUAUAAUAUUUUUAUGGCUUAAAAUGUGUAGCUAAAUAAAAUAAUGACUGAAAAAUAUUAACAAUCAAUUUUAAUUGAUAAAAUAAUACUUUUUUAUUGCCAAAAUGGCCAUAAUGAAAAUAUUACUACGUCCAGAAAUUAGCAAAUUUUGUGGCAUAAGAAAUUUUAGCUCAAAACCAAAGCCAAAGUUUGGAAUAAUUUUUGACAUUGAUGGAGUCAUAGUGAGAGGCAAUACCGUAUUGUCACCAGUACCAGAAGCUUUCAAACGUUUGAGAGAAAGCAAUGGAAAGUUUCGUAUUCCUACAUUAUUUGUAACAAAUAGUGGCAGUUCUUUACCUGCUGAAAAGGCUGAAGAUUUAUCAAAAUGGAUUGGUUGUGAAAUAACAGAAGAUCAAGUUGUACUAGCACAUUCACCACUACAAAUGUUCAAACAAUUCCACAAUAAGCAUGUUCUUAUAUCAGGACAAGGUCGAAUUAAACAAAUAGCUUCAGAAUUAGGAUUUAAAAGCACAAUAACAAUUAACGAAUUAGUUGAAAAUUUUCCUAGUUUAGAUUAUGUAAACAAAGAUAAGAGAAAUCCACGUUGUGGACCCAUAGAUCCUAAUUUUAAGCCGAUUGAAGGCAUUGUUCUGUUAAGUGAACCUAUUAUAUGGGAAACACCUUUACAGUUGAUGGUAGAUUUAUUAAUUUCGAACGGAAUGCCGUCUGGCUUGCCAUCAGCACUUCCUUAUCCUCAUAUACCAGUCAUAGCAUGUAAUAUGGAUUUAUUUUGGGUUUCUGAAGCUCCAAUUCCUAGAUAUGGUCAUGGAGCUUUUCUAGUCUGCUUAGAAUCAUUGUAUAAAAAAGCCACUGGCAAAGAUUUAAUUUAUUCAGCACUUGUUGGUAAACCGAGUGAAGUUACAUAUUAUCAUGCUAAUCAAAUGAUUAUGAACUAUGCCAAGAAGAUUGGAAUUGAUCAUAAUAUUGAUACUAUUUAUGCUGUUGGUGACAAUAUUAAUACCGAUAUCUUUGGUGCAAAUUUAUAUGAUAAAUAUUUAGCAAGAUACUCAAAAGGAAAAAUGACGAAAUCUCGUGGACUAGAAUCAUUAUUAGGUGAUAAUUUAAUUCCUCCAAACAUAAAAGCUUGUAUCAGUAUUUUAGUAGAAACUGGUGUACAUAAACGAGACUCAGAAUUUAAAUCAGAUCAUUGUCCCAGAGAUUUUCUUCCACUUGAAGAAGGUUUGUCUAGGCCGGCUUUUGUAGUUAAAGAUGUUGGAGAAGCAAUAAAUCUUAUCUUGGAAGAAGAAAAUGUAGAGUAGAAAGUACAAAUUUUUGAAAUUUUUGAAUAGAACAGUGUAUUAUAUUUCAGACAAUUUAUGAAUUUCAUUUUGAUCAAUUACGAUUGUAAAAAAUUUUUUGUAUACAUAGACGAGUUAUUUUUAAAAUUUUUUAGCAAGAAUUGAUGUAAUAACACUUAAUGAUAAAUAGUUAUGUCAAUAAUGCUAAUGUAUAAAUAAUUUUAUUAAUC